AGACCACAGACAGGGCUGGCGGCAGCAGAGGGGAGGUGGACUUCAAGAGCUAUAAAACCUUCCUCUGCCAGUUUGGAGUUGGUGAGGCCAGCCUGCCAGUGUCUGGUCUCCUGACGCCAUGGGCACCCGAUUCCUCCUGGCUCUGUUUCUUGUCCUGCUGGUACUGGGAUUUGCAGCUGCCCUGACACACUCGCCCACUGCAGAGGUCCAGGGGGCCCAGCUGCCCCAGCAAGAUGAACCCAGCAGCCCGACCCUGCUCACCCAGAUGCAGGAAUCACUCUCCAGCUACUGGGAUUCAGCCAAGGAAGCUGCCCGAGGCCUGUACGAGAAGACAUACCUGCCCACUGUGGAUGAGAAACUCAGGGACAUGUACAGCAAAAGCACAGCAGCCGUGAGCACUUAUGCAGGCAUUUUCACCGACCAGCUCCUUACUCUGCUGAAGGGAGACUAGUAAGAGCCAGGCCCUGGCACCCCUGGCUCUCCUGACCUGCUCAUGACUGGACUGGGCUCCCCCUUCCCAGCCUGCUGCCUGCUCUGAAUUCUUAUCAAUAAAAACUUCCACAGAACCCCAA